GCCAGAUGACUCGGUGCCCGCUGUCUUGCCAGUUGACUCGGAGCCCGCAGUCUUGCCAGACGACUCGAUGCCCGCUGUUCCGCCAGUUGACUCGGUGCCCGCAGUCUUGCCAGACGACUCGGUGCCCGCAGUCUUGCCAGACGACUCGGUGCCCGCAGUCUUGCCAGUUGACUCGGUGCCCGCAGUCUUGCCAGAUGACUCGGUGCCUGCAGUCUUGCCAGACGACUCGGUGCCCGCAAUCUUGCCAGUUGACUCGGUGCCCGCAGUCUUGCCAGAUGACUCGGUGCCCGCAGUCUUGCCAGACGACUCGGUGCCCACAGUCUUGCCAGACGACUCGAUGCCUGCAGUCUUGCCAG